AUGCCGCCUUUAAGAACGACACCGCCUGCCAAGGCGAUCAAGACUGAACGGACUCAUGAAGAGAACCAGGAGAGAGCCUACAUCGCUGCGUCGAGAAGAAGUGAUCGAAGUCUGGAAGCUCGAGUCGAGUCGGCACGAAGGGCAUCUGAAAUCCACAAACGCCGCACAGGUCGGUCACUGCGUGUGACUGAGCAAGAUGUUAUCAACGAGGAAAUGUAUGAAGAGGAGGACGAUGAUUUGCCUCUCCAAUAUCGACGUCUCACAGCACAUCUCCAGACGGGAUCGGCAGACUUCAAUCGACGGCUAGCCGCAUACCUUACCAAUCAAGUCGCCAUGAGAAGUGCAAUGGAACAGAUGAUUCAGAACCCGUAUGCUCAGUACCCCAAUGCUGCCACUUACCAAUCCCGACCCAACAUGUUUUCAUCGCCUCUACUGUCUCACCCCAACAUGGCUUCGCCGGCGGCCACUGGCUCCUACCGACCCUCCCCAUAUCCUUCUCCCCAUCAAGCCAAUUUCCGGUCCAACCACGGCCGAGCCUUCUCCAUGGCUUCAAUACCAACUCGUCAAGAACGACAGUCGCCCCCUUCAUCCGACCCACCAGGUUCGCUGGACCACAGGAGACUGUCGACCCCCGCUACAAUCCAGCUCGGAGAUACCUCUGCUGGACAAGUCAACACCGACGGGAUCAAGCCGGAUCCCGAAUAUAUGAGACAAACGCAGUCCGCCACUCUCUCAGCGCAACAAAACCACGGCGGUGGUGGCCAUGCAUUUUCGUCAUCAUGGCAGGAUAUGGGCCCGUUCACCACCACUCUACCCCCGGAGUCUCAACAGAUGUUUGCCCAUGCCCCUGGUUUCGAUCAUAAUGAUCCCAGCUACGCCAUGCUCAUGCACGGUUCGGACCAGUACGUCUCCUCCCCAUACUACCCAUGGCACGACAUGCGAAGUGGCGGCGGCGUCAAGGGUAUGCCUGUCCAUGCGUCAGCAUAUCAAGGCAUGUCGGCGACUUUGGCACCCUCGGUGCUCGAACAGAGUGUCGAGAGCGCCCAUUCUCAGGAGAUCAACUCCGAGUCGACACCGACAAACACGCACGGCAGCACUGCUUCGUCCGCAGCUGACCGCACAGCCAGUGAUGCUAGUUCCCUCCCUACCGCUGGGCUGGACUUCAAUUUCAGCCAGGAGAGCAAGGGGCUCGACUUCGGCGGUGCCAUGCCUUUGACUUCGGGCCAGAUCACCCCGGCCGGAGAGGGCUUUUGGGACCACUUCGUCAUGGACGGAAGUUGGGACGAUGGCGCCGAGGUCGAAGGUGCAGUCGCUACAGGAUAA